CAACAAAUACCAUACAUUAAAGCUUUUCACAAUCUUAAUCCCCAAGAAAGCAGUACACAUCUUAGAUUUUUCCUCGUAAGCACUGAAGUCACACUCAAGCACUGAUACAAUCCCCCUAUAUAUAUUGUACAAACCUCACUAAUCUUGUUCCAUCCAAUUUUCUUAUUCACUAAACAUUCAAACUUUUGUAGUUUCACUUUCACACAUAUACAUAUUUCCUACACUAUUUCACUCUAUCUAUGUCCAUGAAGAGAGCCAGAGAAGCUGGAGAUGUUCAGACCAUAGACAUGGCCAAUUGCUUGAUGUUACUAUCAAAAGUUGGCCAAAUUGAUUCCACCAAAAAUAAUUCACGUACUCGUGCUUUUGUAUGCAAGACAUGCAAUCGGCAGUUUCCAUCGUUUCAAGCCUUGGGAGGACACAGAGCAAGCCACAAGAAGCCUAGGUUAAUGGCUGGAGACCUAUUUCAUAACAUGCCAAGCUCACCCGUGAAGCCAAAGACACACGAGUGCUCCAUAUGCGGCCUUGAAUUCUCGAUUGGACAAGCACUUGGAGGACAUAUGAGGAGGCAUAGGGCUGCCAUGAGUGAAGAUUUGUUGGUUAAUAAUGAUCGUGUUGUGCAAGCCGUGCCUAUCAUGAAGAAAUCAAACAGCAAAAGGGUCUUGUGCUUGGAUUUGAAUUUGUUGCCGCUGGAAAAUGAUCUCAAGUUGUGCAGUUGGGGAUAAUUAUGGCUAGCUAGAUUAUUGGUUAAUUGAUUAAACUUUCGGGUACAUAUACAUAUAUAUAUAUAUAUAUAUAUAUAUAUUCUCCUACUUCAUUAGGAGUUUUCUACUUAGAUUUCUUUUAUUUAUGUUCAUAAAGAUUACGAGCUAGAGAUUUUCUUCUUUUUU